AUGCCUUCUACCGUCAUGCGCAUGCGCACCCUGGGCGCGUUCGCCCGCCACGCGAGCAACCCCACUGCCGUCUUCGCCAGAACCUUUUCCGCUACGGCCCGCCGCGCGGAGAUCAACAAGGUCCUCCCUUCGGCUGCCGAGGCCAUCAAAGACUUGAAGCCCAACAGCACCCUUCUAUGCGGUGGAUUUGGUCUUUGCGGUGUUCCCGAUACCCUGAUUGACGAGGUUCUCAAGAAGCCCGAGAUUGUUGGUUUGACUGCCGUCUCCAACAAUGCCGGUACUGAUAACUCCGGUCUCGGCAAGCUUCUCAAGACCAAACAGGUCAAGAAGAUGGUUGCCAGCUAUAUUGGCGAGAACAAGACUUUCGAGACCAUGUACCUGACCGGUGAGGUUGAGCUUGAGCUGACUCCUCAGGGCACUCUCGCCGAGCGAUGCGCCGCCGGCGGCAAGGGCAUCCCCGCCUUCUACACUCCCGCAGCCUUCGGCACUGUUGUCCAGACCGGAGAGCUGCCUCUCAAGAACAAGGCCGACGGCACCCCUGACGAAUACUCAUACCCCAAGGACGUCAAGGUCUUCAAUGGCAAGUCCUACCUGCUGGAGCACAGCAUCGCUGGCGACUACGCCUUUGUCAAGGCUUACAAGGCCGACAAGCUUGGCAACUGCCAGUUCCGCCUCGCUGCCAACAACUUCAACGGUGCCAUGGGCCGCAACGCCAAGAUGACCAUUGUUGAGGCUGAGCAUAUUGUCGAGCCUGGUGAGAUUCCUCCCGAGGCCGUCCACCUGCCCGGCAUCUACGUGAAGCGCGUCAUUCAGAGCACCACCGCCAAGAACAUUGAGAAGUUCACUUUUAGCAAGGACGAGAACGACCCUGACGCCAAGGCCGCUCUCGGCACUGGCGAGACCGCUGCCAAGCGUGAGCGCAUUGUUCGCCGCGCGGCCAAGGAGUUCAAGAACGGCAUGUAUGCCAACUUGGGUAUCGGUAUGCCCAUGCUCGCCCCCGGCUUCGUCGGACCCGAGGUCGAGGUCCAGCUUCAGUCUGAGAACGGUAUUCUCGGCCUCGGCCCUUAUCCUAAGAAGGGUUCUGAGGAUGCUGAUCUCAUCAACGCUGGCAAGGAGACUGUCACGCUCAACCCUGGUGCUGCGGUCUUCGGCAGUGAAGAGAGUUUCGGCAUGAUUCGCAGUGGUCGAGUUGAUCUCACUAUUCUCGGUGCCAUGCAGGUCAGCGCCAACGGUGACCUCGCCAACUGGAUGCUUCCCGGAAAGGUCGUAGUUACCAUGGAACACACUGACAAGAAGGGUAACCCAAAGAUCAUGAAGCAGUGCGCAUUCCCUCUGACCGGGCGCGCUUGUGUCUCGCGAAUCAUUACGGAACUCGGUGUCUUUGAUGUCGACUUCGCCAAGGGCCUCACUCUCAUUGAGAUUGCUGAUGGUGUUACCGUUGACGAGAUCAAGAGCAAGACUGAGGCUCCCUUCAAGGUUGCCGACGAUCUGAAGCCUAUGUUAUAA